GUGCGUAGCCGGUGUAUAAUCUUUGAUUCAAUUUUUGGUCGGGCAAUCGUUUCAGCUUAUCGUUAACAAAUUUAUUUCCGGUUUCCUUUAAAUUAUGGAGAAGAUGCUGCUACGUUCGAAAUUCCGAGGCAGCCUUUUGGGUGCUCUCAUAGGUGACUGCUGCGGAGCACCAUUUGAAGGACAGGUGAUGGAUAGUGGGUCCAAAUUGUUGUUGCGUCAAAAUCUAGAUAGAUUAGAAGGGCCGUUUUUCAAAGCUCCCUAUAAAAAGUAUACGGAUGAUACUGCCCUGACUAAAUGUGUUUCAAGUACGCUGCUGAAUCCUGCUGGAUUUUCACAAAAACUGUUGGCUAAAAAUUUUGUCGUAGAAUAUUUUAAAGAUCCUAUGCGUGGUUACGGUGCUGCAGUAGGAAAUGUGUUUGAAAAGCUUCGUAAAACAAAAGUCUCAGACCCUGUUGGACCUGCAGCUGCUCAGUUUGGUGGAAGUGGGUCUUUUGGAAAUGGUGCCGCGAUGCGAGUUGCACCGAUUGCUCUUUACUGUGCAAACCGGGAUAAACAAGAACUGUUGCAAAUGGUGCGCGAUUCUUCUUUGGUAACACACAGCCAUCCCCUCGGGAUUAACGGUGCACUCCUACAAGCCUUAGCCAUUACACAUUCUCUUCGGCUGAAUCCAAAGGAAAAAUUGGACUCCAUAAAAUUCCUUGCGACACUUAAGCAGGACAUUAUUGAUGUGGAGAAAGACAAUGAUCCAGACUUGGAUGCAAACCACAAUGCAUACCAAAUACAGUUAGAUGCGGUUGGGCAGUUGCUGGACAAGAAGAUUGAAGCAAGUGAUGAAAAUGUUCUCAACUUGCUAGGACAUAGUGUGGCAGCUCUACAUUCAGUUCCAACCGCAAUUUUUUGCUUUCUGAAGUGUACAGAUGGAACGGCUGACCAUCGCUCCUUCCGUGACACUCUUGAAUAUGCCAUAUCCCUGGGUGGAGACGCAGAUACCAUUGCUAGUAUGGCAUGUACCAUUAGUGGAGCCUACCUUGGCGCGGAAGCAAUUUCGGAGAACAUCGUUAAGCAUUGCGAAGACGCCGAUGGCAUAAUCAAUCAAGCUGAUCAAUUGCUGGAAGUAGCACAUAAAGUGUAGACAUUUUCAUUUUAGUAGAGCAAAUGUAGUUUGAAAUUUC